AAAUUAAAACAACUACAAAAUACUAUCCAUUCUUUCUUCUUCAAAACUCUCUCAUCUUCUGUCCAUUUCUUUUCUCCGAUCACUCGCUGUUUAUCGCUUGAAAAGAGGUUAAUAGCUUUCCACUAUGGGGUUUAAAAAGGUUUAUAAAUGCUUGAUGGAUAUUUUCCCGCAGGUUGAUUCACGAAUUCUAAAAGCUGUUGCUAUAGAGAACUCUAAGGAUGUGGACGCAGCGGCAGAGAUUGUUCUGUCUGAGAUUCUGCCUUACCUAUCUAGAGGAACCGUGGCUGGUAGUUCUUCCUCGCGGAAUCGGAGCCCUCCUGUGCAAGCAAAUGAAGCUGUCGACGAGGAAGAAAGCAAUCAAUCAAGGCCGAAUAAUGUGUUGUUGGGGAAAACAGCAUGCUCUUCUGCAGAACCAUUGUUCGAACCAAAUAAAGUUGCCAGAGACAUUGGUCUUACAGGUUCUGCCACCAAUGUGGAUUCUGUUGAGCCACCAAAUGCAGCGAGUACUUCAAAAUUUCAUGAGAACAAAAAUAAUGAGCCUGCUGAUAUUGAAACUGAUGAAUUGAUUUUGUUGGGGAGCUCAGAAAGAAGUGGUGAAAGUGGGAAAGAUAGAUCUGGUGUCAUCUUGAAUACUUCAGGGAUCGAGAGUUCUUUUCUAUAUGUGAAUCAUGAAAUUAGGGAGUCCGGCUCAUCGAGUAAAGACCGACCCAUAGACAUUGAAGAUGGGUUUGUAAGGGCUCCUCAUGCUUCAUCAGAUACUGCUGAUAAUUCUACCUCACUUCUGGAGAAUACUGGUACUAGUGGCAGCUCUAGUGGUCAUUUAAUUUUUGAUGGGCCUGUAGACUUGCAUGCAGUUUCAUGCAGAAACAGUUCAUUAAAUGCAACCUUGGUGGGGGAAGAAAAUGCUGUGGCUGCUCUGGUUCCAUCAUCUACUCAAGAACAAAUGCAAGAAGCCCUGAGAGCUGGUCUUCAUUCUGAAAGUAGUCACUCUAGUGAUUCUGAGAAACAAGAAAGCGGUGCAUUGGGUAAUAAUGAGGAUGAUACCUUCAAUCCUGUAGUUAGUAGGUCUAGUCAAACAUGCAGAAUUGAUCUGCUUGAAGAGGUCAUUGAAGAUGCUAAAAAUAACAAGAAAACUUUGUUUCAGGCUAUGCAGUCAAUCAUGAACUUGAUGAGAGAAGUUGAACUUCAAGAGGAAGCUGCAGAACAAGCAAAAGAGGAAUGCGCCAGGGGUGGUUCAGAUAUUCUCGUCAAGUUGAAGGAACUUAAACAGAUGCUGCCACAUGCAAAGGAAGCAAAUGACAUGCAUGCUGGAGAAGUAUAUGGGGAGAAGGCAAUUCUAGCCACUGAAGUGAGAGAGCUUCAAAGUCGUUUGCACAGCUUGUCAGAAGAAAGAGAUAAAUCCCUUUCCGUUCUCGAUGAGAUGCAUCAAACCCUUGAAGCUCGACAAGCUGCUGCAAAGGAGUUGAUGAAAGCUGCAGAGCAGGAAAAGCUGGAAAAAGAAGAAUCUGCCCUUAAUGCUAUUGCUGAGCAAGAAGCCAUUAUGUUGAAAGUGGUCCAAGAGUCAGAGACCUUACAGCAGGAGGCAGAAGAAAAUUCCAAGUUACGUGAGUUUCUUAUGGACUGUGGUCAGAUUGUUGACUCAUUACAGGGAGAAAUAUCUGUUAUUUGCCAGGAUGUGAGAUUGCUUAAAGAGAAGUUCGAUGAGCGUAUCCCAUUGAGCAAAUCCAUUUCCUCAAGCCAAACCAGCUGCAUCCUGGCCUCUUCCAGCUCAUCUCUGAAAAGCAUGGCAUCUGAUCUUGGUCCCGAGCAGGGAGAGGCAACUAAAAUCCUGGAGAAGAAAAGCCCAACACCAUCUGUUGAUAUGCAGUCACCAAAAAGUAGAUCAUACGAAGAACAAUACAAAGCUGAUGACAAGGAGUUACUGGAUGAGGGGUGGGAAUUUUUUGAUGAUGUUGAAAUCAAGAUAUAGUACAGUGAAGCUAUGUGUAUCUUUUUCUUUUUUUUUGACAAAAAGCUAUAUGAAUCUUUUGAUAGAACAUUAAGGGGACCCUUUCCUCGCUCAUAAAUGGCUGUUACCAGUCUUAAUAACAAUUAGUUUAAUACUACAA